UUUUAUAAUCAUUUUAUUUCUAUUAAACUUUUAAAAUUUUAAAAACAAGUGAUUGGCGUUUUUUCACAAAGCUAAGUAUUUGCCAGCAGAAACUUUUAUUUCUUCUUUAUCAGUCAGGAACUGUUAUUCUGCCUGUGGACUUCUGUUCAGCUAAGUUUGUAGCUUCCUUUUUAAAAAAAUUCACGUGACACUUCAGAGUCAGACUCUUCGCAGGCCAGAAACAGUGGGCUAACCAAAGAAGGGCUAAUUUUUAAAUCCUGAACAAAUCUGCAGUCAGAGACCGACUGGCUCCUUGACCUUCAAAAAUCGAGUCGCGUCUUGCUUGUUUUCAGCUGCCCCUCGUUUGCACAAACGCCUUUUCUAUUCCCGGCGCGCUCACAAGUCCCUGCGGUUGAGAGGCCAGGAUCCCGGGCACACAGCAGGACAGGGCACCGCUCCCUGUCGAUCCUGCCCUGGAACCUCGCCCGCUUCCUCACCAGCGACGUCACCACCAGGCGCACUCCCGCUCUCGGGUCACUCCCCCGCCAAGGGCCUGCCAAAACCCGGCAUCCCGAACCGCGAUUGGCGGAUCCGCCCCCGCCUGCCCCGGCAGGACCGAGCCUGGCCGAGCUCCCGGGGCUGCCAUGGGCGAGCAGGCGGCUCAGCCGCGGCGGCCGGGGGUCGGCGUGGGGGUGGUGGUCACCAGCGCCGCGCACCCCGGCUGCGUCCUCCUGGGCAAGCGGAAAGGCGCGCUGGGCGCCGGCACCUACCAGCUCCCCGGAGGCCACCUGGAGUUCGGGGAGAGCCUGGCGGAGUGCGCGGCGCGGGAGACGCUGGAGGAGGCGGCGCUGCCGCUGCGCCACGUGCGGUUCGCGUCGGCCGUGAAUGCGGCGUGCCCGGCCCAGCGCUACCACUAUGUCACCGUGCUCAUGAAGGGCGAGGCCGAGCCGGGCGCCGAGCCGCGCAACCAGGAGCCCGACAAGAACGAGGGCUGGGAAUGGGUCAGAUGGGAUGAAUUUCCUCCAGCAGAUCAACUGUUCUGGGCCUUACGCUGUUUAAGAGAGCAAGGCUACAAUCCUUUUACAGAAGAGCUCGAUCAUCUAAAGGGGUACACGGGAAGUCACCAAUUAGAGUAAAAACAAAUUGUAUGUUAUGUAACAAACUAAAGGACAGACCUGCUUUUUUGGUGUAAAAGAAAAAAAGAUACGAAGUGCUCACCCUGCCCAUGUGAAAAUAUUAUCUUUUCCCAAAGAAGAACAUGCCAGCUGUUUCAGUGCUUUUCCUGUAUUUCACAUGACAGUUGUCUCUCACUCCAGACCCAUUUCUAGGUUCAGUAGUUAAUAAUUAACUUUUUCUUUUUCAGAAAACUCAGUGUUUUAUCUAGUUAGUCUUUACAUUGAUGACCAGCCAUUUGGAAAUCAGCACUAGCCCAGGAAGCUUACUCACUUAAAAGCAGUUGCAGCAAAACUUACUCAUUCAAACCUGCUUUCCUGUAAUUAUUAGAUCAAUUUUAAAACUUGAUCUGGUCUCUUAGCUUCACUUAGGAAGCUACUGUCACGAGCAAAAGUUACAUUUAAUAGACAAUGCCUUUUUUCCCUGCAGUCAGCAGUAUACACUUGAAAAUCAAGAGUAUUAUAAAUGUGAAAAGAUUGUCAUGGCUUAUUGCAGGGAAUGAAAAUUCCCUGACCCUUCUUGCCAGUUGUUUUCAUAACAGAGUUCUGUUUAGAGCCUCAUUUACACUGAAUUUAUCUGCAGAAAUGUCUCAGAUCUCUGCAAUUUAUCAGAGUUUGUUACUGAAUUCUUGGAAUGGAGAGGUGCCUGCUCUACUAGGCUGACACAAAUCUCAUUUAUAAGUGUAGCUCCAUGGCAAAAAUCAUACUUAGUGGCUAAAAAGAGUUGUGAGUGUUUAACUGCACACAUGGGUGUAGUUCUGUAUGGCUGACUAUUGAGAUUUGGUAAAAUUGUGCAUUUUCAGUUUGACUGAUUAAAUGACACUGUUGUUAGUGAAUGAAAUUACAGUACCCAACAGCACAUACAAAACCAAGAAGUUAAUAUUUUUAAUUUUUCUAGAAUCUGUAACUAAUUUUGAUUCUUUUCCAGCUGUUGUCACUAAGACAUCAGUGAUUAAUUUUAAGAUAUAACUUUCAAAUCACUGGUUGGCUCAUUUUUUUUCUUGUCAGGCUUCUUUUAUAGCAUACCUCUUGUCUAUUCCCUUUAGAUAUAUUCAUUGUACAAAAAUGUUGUAAGGUUUCUUUAAUUUCUUUUGAAUAAAGUACAGGCACAAUACUGAGAAA